CGGAAUCCCACGCCCUUGCACCAGCCCGGGGGCUCGGACGAGCCCGGGAGCCGCUGGUCGCCAAUCACCGCGCGGUGGAGAGGCGGGCGCUCGGCUCCGGCGCGCUGGGGAGCCAGCUGGCGCUGCUCUCCCCGGAGCCUCAGACGCUCCCACCGACACAGACAGACGCACAGACUGGCGGGCGGGCGGGCAGGCACCGACAGAGUCUCCCAGCCCUUUGCGCUGCAGCCCCGGCCCGCGGAGCCGCGAGCGAGCGCCGGGAGAAGGGAGGGCGCGCGGGCGGCCCGCGGAGCGGAGGCCCCGGGGCGCCCGCCCUGCUUGCGAUGUGAACCGCGGCGGCUCCCACCUGGCGCCGCACCUGGGGCGCUGUGCUCCGGGCCGGCGGGGAGAAUGCGCGCCGCUCGUGCGCUCCGCCCGCCGCGUCCGCCUGCCCGCACCUGACCAUGGAGUGCGCCCUUCUGCUCGCGUGCGCCCUCGCUGCCGCGGGUUCCGGUCCUCCGUGGGGCCCGGCGGGACUGGGGCGCUUGGCCAAGGCGCUCCAGCUGUGCUGCCUCGGCUGUGCGUGGCUCACCGCAGCUUUAGCCAGUGACAGCAGCGGCGGCGGCGGCGGAUUAAACGACGGUUACGUCUUUGUCACGCCCGUAGAAGUGGACUCAGGCGGCUCGUAUAUCUCGCACGACAUUUUGCACAGCGGCAGGAGAAAGCGAUCGGCACAGGGUGCCAGGAGCUCCCUGCACUACCGAUUUUCAGCAUUUGGACAGGAACUCCACUUGGAACUUGAGCCCUCGGCGAUUUUGAGCAGUCACUUUAUUGUCCAGGUACUUGGAAGAGAUGGUGCUUCGGAGACUCGGGAACCCGCAGUGCAGCCUUGCUUCUAUCAGGGAUUCAUCAGAAAUGACAGCUCCUCCUCUGUGGCGGUGUCUACGUGUGCCGGCUUGUCGGGUCUCAUCAGGACACGACAGAAUGAAUUCCUCAUCUCGCCGUUACCUCAGCUGCUGGCUCAGGAACACAACUACAGCCCCCCAGCAGGUCACCAUCCCCAUGUACUGUACAAGAGGACAGCGGAGGAGACGGUCCAGCGCUAUCGCGGCCCCCCGGGCUCCGGCUGGAAUCGCCCUGGUCCCUCCCCAGGUCACGGUCACGGUCCCCACACCUCUCAGAGUCAAGAAACACGGCACCACCCUCGAAGGCUGCAAAAGCAGCAUUUUUGUGGACGACGCAAGAAAUAUGCCCCCAAGCCUCCCACAGAGGACACCUAUCUGAGGUUCGACGAAUACGGGAGCUCCGGGCGACCCAGGCGAUCCGCUGGGAAGUCACAGAAGGGCCUGAAUGUGGAAACCCUGGUGGUAGCAGACAAGAAGAUGGUGGAGAAGCACGGCCGGGGGAACGUCACGACGUACAUUCUGACGGUCAUGAACAUGGUUUCCAGUCUAUUUAAAGAUGGGACCAUUGGAAGUGACAUCAACAUUGUUGUGGUGAGCCUCAUUCUUUUGGAACAAGAACCUGGAGGAUUACUGAUCAACCACCAUGCGGACCAGUCUCUGAACAGCUUUUGCCAGUGGCAGUCUGCACUGAUCGGGAAGAAUGGCAAGAGGCACGACCAUGCCAUCCUCCUCACGGGGUUCGAUAUUUGUUCCUGGAAGAACGAACCAUGUGACACUUUAGGAUUUGCUCCCAUCAGUGGGAUGUGCAGUAAGUACCGAAGCUGUACCAUCAAUGAAGACACAGGACUUGGCCUUGCUUUCACCAUUGCUCACGAAUCGGGGCACAACUUUGGCAUGGUUCAUGAUGGAGAAGGCAAUCCCUGCAGGAAGGCAGAAGGCAACAUCAUGUCGCCCACGCUGACCGGAAACAAUGGGGUGUUUUCCUGGUCUUCAUGCAGCCGACAGUAUCUCAAGAAAUUCCUUAGCACACCUCAGGCUGGCUGCCUAGUGGAUGAGCCCAAGCAAACAGGACAAUAUAAAUAUCCGGACAAACUGCCGGGGCAGAUGUACGACGCCGACACGCAGUGUAAGUGGCAGUUUGGAGCCAAAGCCAAGUUGUGCAGUCUUGGUUUUGUGAAGGACAUUUGCAAAUCCCUCUGGUGCCACCGAGUGGGCCACAGAUGUGAGACCAAGUUUAUGCCUGCCGCGGAAGGGACCGUUUGUGGCUUGAGUAUGUGGUGCCGGCAAGGCCAGUGUGUGAAGUUCGGGGAGCUCGGGCCUCGGCCCAUCCACGGCCAGUGGUCGUCCUGGUCCAAGUGGUCUGAAUGUUCUCGGACGUGUGGAGGAGGAGUCAGAUUUCAGGAGAGACACUGCAAUAACCCCAAGCCUCAGUAUGGUGGCAAGUUCUGCCCAGGUUCUAGCCGUGUUUAUCAGCUGUGCAACAUUAACCCUUGUAAUGAAAAUAGCUUGGAUUUUCGAGCUCAGCAGUGUGCAGAAUAUAACAGCAAACCUUUCCGCGGCUGGUUCUACCAGUGGAAACCCUACACGAAAGUGGAAGAGGAAGACCGGUGUAAACUGUACUGCAAAGCUGAGAACUUCGAGUUUUUUUUUGCAAUGUCCGGCAAGGUGAAAGACGGAACUCCUUGCUCCCCGAACAAAAAUGAUGUUUGUAUUGAUGGGAUUUGUGAACCAGUUGGAUGUGAUCAUGAACUUGGCUCUAAAGCCGUUUCAGAUGCAUGUGGUGUCUGCAAAGGUGAUAAUUCGACUUGCAAGUUUUAUAAAGGCCUAUACCUCAACCAGCAUAAAGCAAAUGAGUAUUACCCCGUGGUCAUCGUUCCCGCUGGGGCCCGAAGCAUUGAAAUCCAGGAGCUGCAGAUUUCCUCCAGUUACCUUGCCGUUCGAAGCCUCAGUCAGAAGUAUUACCUCACGGGGAGCUGGAGCAUCGACUGGCCUGGGGAGUUCUCCUUCGCGGGGACCACAUUUGAGUAUCAGCGCUCCUUUAACCGACCAGAGCGUCUGUAUGCUCCGGGACCCACAAAUGAGACACUGGUCUUUGAAAUUCUGAUGCAAGGCAAAAACCCAGGGAUAGCUUGGAAGUAUGCACUUCCCAAGACCGUGAAUGGAACGCAGCAAGCCACAAAAAGACACCACCACGCCUGGAGCACCGUGCACUCAGAUUGCUCCGUCUCCUGCGGUGGAGGUUACGUAACUGUAAAGGCCAUUUGCUUACGAGAUCAAAAUACCCAAGUCAAUUCCUCAUUCUGCAAUGCAAGAACCAAGCCAGCCACUGAACCCAAACCUUGCAACGCUUUCUCCUGCCCAGCCUACUGGAUGCCGGGUGAGUGGAGCGUCUGCAGCAAGUCCUGCGCGGGCGGCCAGCAGAGCCGAAAGGUCCAGUGCGUGCAGAAGAAGCCUUUCCAGAAGGAGGAGGCCGUGCUGCAUUCUUUCUGCCCAGUGAGCACACCCACUCAGGUGCAAGUCUGCAACAGCCAGGCCUGCCCUCCCGAGUGGAGCCCCGGGCCCUGGUCCCAGUGCUCCAAGACCUGUGGGCGCGGAGUGAGGAGGCGAGAGCUCGUGUGCAGAGGCUCGGCCGCCGAGACCCUCCCCGCGACCCUGUGCGCCAGCGCCCCCCGACCGGAAGUGCAGGAGGGCUGCGUGCUAGGGCGAUGUCCCAAGAACACCCGGCUGCAGUGGGUCACCUCUUCGUGGAGCGAGUGCUCUGCGACCUGUGGUGUGGGUGUGAGGAAGCGGCAGCUGACGUGCAGCGAGAAGACCUUGCAGGGAAAACUCGUACCUUUCCCAGAGCGAAGGUGCCGCAAUGUGAAGAAGCCCACGCUGGACCUGGAAGAGACGUGCAGCCGAAGGCCGUGUCCAGCCCGUCCCGUGUACAACUCGGCGGCUGGAUGGUACUCAUCACCCUGGCAGCAGUGCACGGUGACCUGCGGAGGAGGGGUCCAGACGCGCUCUGUGCACUGUGUGCACCAAGGCCGGCCUUCUGCAAGUUGUCUGCUCCGGCAGAAGCCUCCCGUGCUACGAGCCUGCAACACGAACUUCUGUCCGGCUCCUGAAAAGAAAGAGGAUCCAUCUUGUGUGGAUUUCUUCAGUUGGUGUCACCUGGUGCCCCAGCACGGCGUCUGCAACCACAAAUUCUAUGGCCAGCAGUGCUGCAGGUCGUGCACAAGGAAGAGCUGACCGGCCUGGCCCAUCUUCCCCGGGGCCUGCCCAGUCCAUCGCUGGAGACAGCAGCCGCCUGGUGAAGCCAGAGUGGAGCCUCUCCAACCACCUCCAGCCACAGCGUCCAAACCUCAGUCCUCCUUCUGUUUCCCGAAGCACGUGGUACUCCAAAGCACUUGAAAAUCAGAAGCGAUGACAAAUCUGCAUUACAAAAACACAGCAGAGCCCAGCCCAGUUUUUGGAUUUGCACUGCUAUGGUAAAGAAGUGAGGAAUCGCACCGAGACACGUCAGUCAGAUUUUCCUUCUGACAACCUAACAGUCUUAAACAGUUUCAAAACGGACUUCUCCCUGCAUCCUUUGAACUCCAAGGGCUUCUGUGUUGCAACGGUCCUUUCAGGCUUCAGGGCAGAGACGGUGACUUGGAGCAGUCACACACGGGGGCGUCGGCGCGGCUCGACUGAAACUGUCAACAGCCCCCUCCGGAGUUCCACGCGAGAAGCCCGACGGUGCUCACCGCUGUGCUUGCUGCUGGACAAGCAAGCUUCCUGUGCUGUUUAGUUAGUGUGUGUUGUUUAUUACUUUGUUUAAGGUAUAUUCUGCUUAGAGUCUCCAAGACGACAAUUAAUAACUUGAAAAGUGUUCCCAGGAAUAUUUGGACAUAAGGCAACACGGACUGCUGAAGAUCUCCACGCGACUGAAAUUCACACGCGGGAGGAAAGAAACUCAUGCUCUUCCUGUGUCAACCUUGUACCUUGUGGUGCUUACGGAACAAGUCCUUAGGAGGCCCGAGGCUGCUGCUGGGGAAUGAACCCGCGAGAUGCUCAUUUCUAAUCCAACUCCAGGAGGAGCCCAGAGGCAGAGCCGCGGUCUUGGGAGGGUGAGGAAGCCAUCCUUUCUAAUGCCCCGCACCUAUGAGCAGAGCUGCUCGCAAAGUCAGAGCCCACUAGGGGCUCUUUCCUACCAACUGACGUGUCUACAUUUGGCCUAGGAUUUAAGGAACAGGAGGAAAAAGUGGCCAUAAACACCCAUUUGUCUUGGUGCUACAUGAAUGUUAAUAAAUCGUAAUAUGCCCAGGCCCUUGAGUGAACGAGUGGUUCAGCCCUCCAGCUGAAAUUCCACUCAUCAGAAGCCAGCUGCUGGUAGGCAUUAAUGAGUUUUAAAUUGUUCUCAAUUGGAAAAAUACCACACAGUGUUUUGCCAAAACCAAAGUAACUUACAAGAUUGUAUCCUUCUGUAAUUAUUUGAAAGUGGUUAGACAGAGCAUAUUUAUACAAUUCGACUCUGUUCCUCAACUCCUUUGAAGAAUGUGACCCAAUUUUACUUCUUUACCAAACAUCUCAAUUCAAUGCAGGAUUCGCCAGCUCAGCAUCACCGGCCAGACAGUGGUUUGUUAAAUUUAGUAGCAUCCCUUUUUCCCACUCUAAUUAAAAUCAUGAGUCCUUCAACCUCAGAGAAAUAAUGAUUAGGCACUUUUUUCGAUCCAUGCGGCUUGGCCUCCAGUACUGAACAUUUGAUCAUCAGAAAAAAGAAUGGUGCCCUGCCAUCACAUGCUUUGCCCUCUGAAAAGUAACAAGCUAUGUGUUUCUUUAUAUAAUUAUCCUUUUAUUUUAUGGAAAAAUUAAUUUAUUAAUAGCCUAUUCCUAUGUGUUUCCACUUGCUUCUAAGUGAUAUUAAUUCUGAGGAAGAAAAUGUUGAAUAAAACCCUGGAUUAUAGAGAAAGGUCAAAAUAUAUGUGUAAUAUUUAAUUAUUUUAUAAGUUUUAUAAUAAAGUAUUCUGUUUCUUUA